UCCACAAGUUGGCUCAGGAUGGCCGCGCUGGAAGCUGGGAGCUCGUGGACCUGGUGGACCUGGUGGGGCUGCCUGGCAGCAGCCGCUGCUGCCGUCUUCGCCGCCUGAUGGAGCCUCGCGAUGAGGCGCUCCUGUCGGCUGGUCGCCAGGAUCCCGGGACCACCUGGCUGGCCCCUGCUCGGGAACACACUCGAGCUCAUCGCUCGCAGGGAAGAUGUUUUAAACUACUUACAGGAACUACGCGACCGCUACGUUACCGCGUGCAAGCUGUGGGUUGGACCGAUACUUGUUGUUGGAAUGGCAGACCCUCAAGACAUAUCAGUAAUUUUAAGUAGCAGCAAAACUUUGAGCAAGCCAGUGAUGUACAAUCCACUUAGCACAGCAUUCGGUAAAUCGUUGCUUACUGCCAAAUUUAAAGAGUGGAAGAAAUUUCGUAAGAUUAUGUAACCGACCUUCGUUAAUCGUAUCCUCGACUCAUACGUGAGCACUUUCCACGAGAAGAGCCAGCGCAUGGCUGACCUGCUGGAGGAAUGCUGUCACGGAGAGCCAUUCAACAUGGCGGACCACACCUUGCCCUGCGCUCUGGAGAUGCUCUCCGAGACGAGUCUGGGCGCGCCGAUGAACAUACAAGGUGAGAGUCACCAGCACAUUCUUGUGGAAAACUACCCAAAAAUAACUGAAUUGGCAGCACACUGCAUAUCAACACCGUGGAUGUGGUUUCAUUGGACUUUUGUGUUUUUUCCUGUUUAUAAUAAAGUAAAUGUGCUAGUCAAACCUAUUCGCAAGUAUGUAACUAGUUUGAUAAAAGAUAAGACCGAAUCAUAUAUAAGUUCGAGAAAUCAUAAUGUUGCACCUGAAGCGAGUGACGUAGAUAUUAAUGCUAGCGACGUACCGAAGAACCGUUUGAGUUUCCUGGAGCACAUGGUAUCAACUAUGGUGGAGCAUCCAGAACUGUUGAGCAUAGAGGAACUCCGGGACCAGGCCGUGUUCGUUAUCGGAGCUGGCACAGACACCACAGCCUACGCCGUAGCGACCACUCUGAUGCUGCUGGGAUUACAUCAAGACGUGCAGAGGAAAGUCCUACAAGAGCAGGCAAGCAUCUUCGGCGAAGACACAAGCCGACCUGUCACGACAACAGAUCUUAAACAAAUGGUGUAUUUGGAACAAGUGAUAAAUGAAACAAUGCGGCUUUAUCCAGUUAUUCCACUUAUUGGAAGGCGGGUUGACGAAGAUGUCAGUGUUAACAGCUACACGUUGCCAGCAGGCACAACUGUCAUAAUCCCAAUCCAUCUAGUGCAUAGGAAUCCAAAAUAUUUUCCAAAUCCGGACACUUUCGAUCCUGACAGGUUCAGCAGAGAGAAUAGCGCCAGUCGCCAUUCCUGCUCGUUUAUCCCUUUUUCCUACGGGCGUAAGAUGUGCCUUGGCAAGAGCUAUGCUUAUAUGUCAAUGAAGACCAUGCUGUCUGUGCUGCUACGAAGGUACGAGGUUCUAGAAUAUGGAUCCAGGGAUGACAUGGAGUGUUUUAAAUUUAAUUUUUUUUUGAAGUUUAAACAUGGGCAUAGUAUUAGGCUGAGGCGGAGGACUUGUGUGAUUAAGAAAAUUGAAUAGUUUAACAUACUAUAAAGGGCCUAAAUGAAAAAAACAACAGACACCAAUAGAUAUUACUAUUAUUUCUAGUUUGUAAUACUAUUGUAGUUUUUAGUGUUUUCUUUAAAAUUUUAUAUUAUUUUCCUUAUUAUAAAUAUUUUAAUUAUAUCUAUAAAAUCAGCUGUUUGUUUAUGAUGCUAUACAGUUUUUGAGUUAUUAUAUGUAUUAUAAUAUGUCCUUUAUAAAACAAUUUAAAUAUAUAUUAUUUUAAUUUAGAUAUAAAAACAACUGAGGGCCAAUUUCAGAAGAAAAAAAGUAAAGAGAAUGUAUUUUACCUAUCGUAAAUGUUUUACUUUUGAGAUUAAUUUUAAAUAUGUUUAUUUUCUUGUGUGUAUUUUGGUGAAUAGGUGUGCUGUGGUGUAUGUGUGUGGGUGAUCUAUACAUUUUUACAAUAAUAAUCAUAUUUGACCAUUUUUGAUAAUACUUUAAUUUUUUAAAUAUCUGAUAUAUAAAUAAACUGCAUCGACUAAUAUCAACGUUUGUUUAGGAACCAAUGUGCCUAUGUAAGAUUAAUUUAAAAAUUCUAUUUAGCACAGGAAAUAAAUAUUU